AUGAGUGGCGUGGAACCCGAACCACGGGCCCGCACGGAUUUGGCCUCUAUGCUGAAGGAGGCGCAGUCGGCCAUACUCCGUCUCGUCAAGGAGGCACCAGAGCUACGCGACGCAACCAUAGAGCCAUCGCAAUAUGAAUGGGCUUGUCAGCGCAUGGAAAAGGCGUACGGUAGUAUCUUAAAGAUUCAGGCGCCGAUGGUGCGUUGCAGCCGUCCUGCAUUCCGCAAGCUCUGUAGGUUGUGGGGAACGGAUAUCAGCUACACACACAUGAUCAUGGCGGAUAGUUUCGCUUGUUCGGAGGCUGCGCGUCAGGCCGAGUUCUCCAUUUAUUCCGGUGAAACUCGCCUCAUCACACAGCUUGCAUCUUCCAGCGGACCCACGGCUGCAACGGCGGCGGCCAUAGUGGCCCCUUGGUGCGACGCCAUUGAUCUCAACUGUGGUUGUCCGCAACGACGUGUUAUGGCGGAUGGGCUCGGUGCAGCACUUCUGAGAAACCCGGAAGUUGUGGCAGAUACCGUAAGAUGCGUAAGAAACGCGCUUGAGGGCGGUGUGGAGUUGCCGUGCGUGGUGAAAAUGCGGGUGAAGGACGAUGUGCGACUUAGCGUCGACUUCGCGCGGCAGUGUGAGGCGGCCGGUGCGGCAUGGAUUACUGUCCACGGGCGGACCCCAAAUUGCAGUGCACACGCACCCGUCAGAUUUGACGCAAUCAACACGAUUCGUGAGGCACUUGGCGUCCCUGUUGUUGCAAAUGGUGGCGUGCGAGAUCCGAGCACGGCGCUUCAGGCUGCCUUAACAGCUGGUGUAGGCGGAGUGAUGAGCGGAAUGGGACUGCUGGCGAAUCCUGCGUGCUUUUACGUGCCUGGGGCUGACGAAAAGUUCCACUUUGAGCCGCAGCACAUCGCAUACGGAACAGGGUCGUGCCCUUGGGAAAGUGGUUCUGAAGUGAGGGAGGAACACAUUGACGCGCGAAAGAGAUGCUUGUCCACAGGACACUCUGGUGGUGAGAGAGAUGCAAAAACCGUAUGGCCGAAAGGGUUCUCUCACUGUCCUCUAGAAGUUUUGUCAGACUUCAUUCGUCUGAGUUGCGUUACUGACCUCGGGUCUAAGGCAACCUCGAUGCAUCUGCUGAAGAUGGGCGGCAAUUAUUUGAGUCCUGUGGAACGAACCUUCAUUGCAGAAAUGCACUCCUCCUUCUCCGUUAUAGCGGCUUUCCAGCAGUUGGGUCUUUACGUGCGGGAGGGAAGGUUUCAGGUGGAAUAA